AUGACAUAUGGCGUUGUUUUUGUAGAGGACUUGGACAAGACUUUGGAGGCAGCUCCAGACAGGGUGUCACCUAAAGGAGAUGAAGAGCCAGAACCUUGUGAAUCAGCCUCCCCCCUCCCUGAGGCCCUUCCCUCAGCCUCCCCCCUCCCUGAGGCCCUUCCCUCAGCCUCCCCCCUCCCUGAGGCCCUUCCCUCAGCCUCCCCCGGCUGCAGCCAUAACAACAGCAGCAGCACAGACCAGUCUAACCUCAUGUUGUCUAUCAGCACCAUUGCCUCGGCCAUGGCAGACGCCUCCAUCUCCUCAGACCCCUCCCAGCUGGCUGCCAUGAUCAUGGCGCUGUCCAAGAGGAGUAGGGUAAAGAGGCAACACCAGAAAGGUCUGCCCGGUCCAGCCCCAGGUAACCCAUGUUCACUGUCUUUAAUUCUGUCUGUGGAUUGUGUUUAUUGGAAGGUGAUGUCAGCACCACAGGUCAAAUUCCUGGUACAUGGAAAUCUAAAGGUGAUUUGAUUGUGAUUCCCAGCCUCUGCCCUGGAAGAACAAACACUCAGCCCUAACCAGGUUCAACUGGACCAGAGCACCCUGCUGGAGACACUACAGAGGAGCCAGUGUGCCGGGGACCUAAGUGCCUUCGACGUUGAAAAGUACCUGAAGCAGACAGAGGUAUCCACCAGCAGCGACAGCGACCAGUCAGGCUCCUCCCACUGCACCUUUGACCUCCUCAGCUGGGCCGACAGCCUCAACUCCUCCCACAGGAAGUCCCAGGCCGCAUCACUUCUUGUCACCGUGGAGAACGGGAGCUCGGGUUAUCAACACCAGGCUAGCACCAAGGGCGAUAUCUCCUCUUCCUCUGGCCUUGCUGCUACUGCUGAGGCCCGUCCAGUCUAUGCUGGGAUACAUCCAGGUUCUGGCCAGAGUGGAGCAGGCCCAGCUCCAGCUAACAAGACAGAGCUGAGGAGGAGUUCCAUCCCCCGUCCCAGGGCCAGCUCAAUCUCUACAGCCUCUGGUAACCCAGGGAGGAGGUCCGUGGGCUCUGGUCAGUUCUCCUCAACCACCUCCUCUACAGCCAAACCAGCUGCUCACAGGAAGGCUGCAGGGAGGAAAAGUGACCCCCAGCCAGCUGGUGUACUGAGCAGGAGCAGCACGGAGAGUGGUGGGGCUGAUCUGGGAGCAGUCUGUCCAACACCCAACAACACCCCAGCCCAGAAGGUAGAGGACCGCUCCCCAGCUCCUGCCCCAGGCCCCAAGACCUCCCCUGGCCUGAGGAAGGGGAGCUCAGGGCCGCCCUCCCUCAGAGGCACCACACACGGUACAGGGAGCAGUACAGCCCAGCAGGAGAAACCCAGCGGCCUGGAGAAGGGUCUUGGAGCAGCUCCUCACAGCGCUGUGGCGAAACAUGUUGGUUUUACUUCAGCCGGUCACAGCCCCCAGCCUCCUUCUGCACACAGGACAUACGGUCAGUCUCUGGUCCAAUCAUCAUUAUUCAUCUAUUCUUCAACUAAUUUAAGCGAUAAAUAAAUGUUUUGUUAAGCUUAGCUUAGUUUCUAUCCCAUUUUCCAUGGUCCUUUGAGCCGGAUUGAGACAUUCUGUUUUUUAAUGUUGAUUAUAGUUUAUGUGAGGUGAUUUCCUGGUCUUGUAUUCUGCAGAUAAUGACAACGGAUGAUUUAGUACAUUGGUUAAGGAGUGUAUUAAUGUCCUGGUCUUGUGGUGUAUGCAGGUGAUGGAUAGUAAUGUGUUGUUCUCUGCAGAUGUGUCUCCAGGCACUCCUGUGCAGCAUGCCGGAGGACCAGAGCAGAGCCAGCUUACCUUCAGACCCUCCACCUCUCCUCUCACCCACUCCUCCCCCUCACAGACCUCCUUCCCCAGCCAAGAAGGGUACACUACUGCGUCAAGUCAAUCAAUUAUUAAAUCAAUCAGAUGUGUCAGGUUGUGCCCUCUAAUGUGUAACUCUAGUUGCAGUUCAUCCUAAAUCUUCUGUUUCUCUCUGGUCUCUGGUGCCUCUACAGGGCUGUGUCGCCCCCCUCCUCCAGGAGACCCCCCAGUGAUCUCACUCCCCCCCACUCCCAGUCUCUGUCCCAGUCUGAGUGGAGCUGUUCCAGUCCAAGCCUCAGCAGACUGACAUACGUCUCUCUGAACGACAGCACAGCUCUCAACAGCACCAGCAUCCCAACUCCUGACAGACACAAGGUAUGGUAGACAGGGACUGAACCUCGUAUGGUGUUCUCUUUCAAAUACUCGUUUCGAUGUCUGUGUCUCACUCUGUGUGCAAUAAUAGUGUUUAAAAUGUAUUUUUAAUGACUACCUCAUCUCUGUACCCUACACAUACAAUUAUCUGUAAGGUCCCUCAGUCGAGCAGUGCAUUUCAAACAGUUUCAGACAAAAACAAGGGAGAUUUUUCAAUGCCUCGCAAAGAAGGGCACCUGUUGGUAGAUGGGUUAAAAAAAAAAAAAAAGCAGAUAUUGAAUAUCCCUUUGAGCAUGUUGACUUUAAAACAGUUAGAGGGUAAUGGCUGUGAUAGGAGAAAACUGAGGAUGGAUCAAAAUUGUAGUUACACCACAAUACUAACCUAAUUGACCGUGAGAAGAGGAAGUACUGUACAGAAAACAUGCAUCCUGUUUGCAACAAGGCACUUAAGUAAUACUGCAAAGUAAUUAACUUUUUGUCCUGUAUACAAAGUGUUAUGUUGGGGCAAAUCCAAUACAACACAUCACUGAGUACCACUCUCCAUAUUUUAAAGCAUAUUGGUGGCUGCAUCAUGUUAUGGGUAUGCUUGUAAUCGUUAAGGACUGGGGAGUUUUUUAGGAUUAAAAAAAUGUAAGAAAUGGAGCUAAGCACAGGCAAAUCCUGGAGGAAAACCAGUUUGUCUGUUUUCCACCAGACACUGGGAGAUUAAUUCACCUUUCAGCAGGACAAUAACCAAAAACACAAGGCCAAAUCUACACUGGAGUUGCUUACCAAGAAGACAGUGAAUGUUCCUGAGUGGCCGACUUACAGUUUGACUUAAAUCUGCUUGAAAAUCUAUGGCAAGACCUGAAAAUGGUUGUCUAGCAAUGAUCAACAACCAAUAUGACAGAGCUUGAAGAAUUUUAAAAAAGAAUAAUGGGCAAUUGUUGCACAAUUCAGGUGUGGAAUGCUCUUCGAUUAACCCAGAAAGACUCACAGCUGUAAUCGCUGCCAACGUGUUGACUCAGGGGUUGAAUACUUAUCUAAGCUGAUGUAUUAGUGUUUUAUUUUUCAUAAAUGUUUUACAAAUGUUAGAAUUUUUCUUCCACUUAGAGUAUUUUGUGGAAAAGGUCAAGGGGUGUGAAUACUUUCUGAAGGCACUGUAUCUCUCAUUAUCAGAGAACCGAGGUAAAGUAACCUUGAGUUUUGGGUUCUUGUCUUGAUUGUUGAUGCACAAUUUUAAGUUGAAUGACAGUCAUCUGCCUGAAAAACCCAGCUAGCUAUGUCACGUACUGCUACUGUCUGGAGUUACUACAUGAAUGAAUACUCCACUAAUAACGAAUUGACUACAUGCUAUUAAUCUCUGCGUGAUAUUAAUCUCUCUCCCUUCCCCAGAGUAAUGGCACCAUGGCGCUGAGCACCACGAUCAUCAGGGCCAGUCCCACCCCGCCAGUAGAACGGGCCGAUACCCAAAGUCAUAUAGGUCAGGACAUACCUCCUCACCGCUCGACAGACGUCCUCUGUCCUCCUAGAGGCCUAUCCUCUCCUCACUGUCACCAGUCCAAGAGCCCAGUCUCUCCUCAACACUCUACCAGUCCUCGUAGCUCGGUAGACCUGCGGAGUGGUUCCGGUCUGGGCUGUACAUGCAGCCAGAGUGAGUGUAACUUCCGCUGUGGGAACAACAGGGACUACAACCAGCAGAAACGCUACUCCGAACCCAGCUCCCACCACCUCACCAAGGUGGACUCUGGCUACUCCAGCAACCUGAACAUCCAGCAGCCAAGCGGGAUGGGUUUGGGGGGCCAGGGGAACCAGCAGUGGUCCGGUGUCUUAGCCCAGGGGAGUGAGGUCUAUCCUGGGGCCGGGACGGGCUUCGGCCUGCCUUCCUCGGAGGACCUGUGCUACAUGCCCAUCUCCAGCUUCAAGCCCCAGGGCUCCAGGGUGGACCUGCCUCCAGGGGUCCCCACCCUCAUGACGGGGCGCUCCCUCUUCAGCUCCCAGCUAGCGCAGCAGAACCUGGGCUCAGAUGGAGCUCUACAUCCUGGUCCCUACCGCCACAUGACAGCAGCAGGGAACGGCCCGUAUGGUCACGCUGUGUCCUCAGGGUUAGGACCCAAUGUUGACCCCUCGGUCAGACACCUCCAUAGCUCUGGGGGUUUGUACCCAGGCCAGCUCCACUGCUCCAACCCCCACCACAAACCCUUGGGAGGGAACCCCUACAACCAGCACUGUGUAGCCUCAUGGUCUAACGGCAGCCUUCCUGAACUCACAGGUCAGUUUUCAAUCAGUUCUUCAGUCAAUUCUUCGUUAUCUUUCUUGAAUCACUCAAGAUAAGAGCGUGUGCUGCAGUUGGCAGAGUUUGAAGCAGUUAAUCUCAAUCUUUCUUGAGUGUUAAAUACAUGUACAGUGAGGGGAAAAAAGUAUUUGAUCCCCUGCUGAUUUUGUACGUUUGCCCACUGACAAAGAAAUGAUCAGUCUAUAAUUUUUAUGGUAGGUUUAUUUGAACAGUGAGAGACAGAAUAACAACAACAAAAUCCAGAAAACGCAUGUCAAAAAUGUUAUAAAUUGAUUUGCAUUUUAAUGAGGGAAAUAAGUAUUUGACCCCCUCUCAAUCAGAAAGAUUUCUGGGUCCCUGGUGUCUUUUAUACAGGUAACGAGCUGAGAUUAGGAGCACACUCUUAAAGGGAGUGCUCCUAAUCUCAGCUUGGUACCUGUAUAAAAGACACCUGUCCACAGAAGCAAUCAAUCAAUCAGAUUCCAAAAUCUCCACCAUGGCCAAGACCAAAGAGCUCUCCAAGGAUGUCAGGGUCAAGAUUGUAGACCUACACAAGGCUGGAAUGGGCUACAAGACCAUCGCCAAGCAGCUUGGUGAGAAGGUGACAACAGUUGGUGCGAUUAUUCGCAAAUGGAAGAAACACAAAAGAACUGUCAAUCUCCCUCGGCCUGGGGCUCCAUGCAAGAUCUCACCUCGUGGAGUUGCAAUGAUCAUGAGAACAGUGAGGAAUCAGCCCAGAACUACACGGGAGGAUCUUGUCAAUUAUCUCAAGGCAGCUGGGACCAUAGUCACCAAGAAAACAAUUGGUAACACACUACGCCGUGAAGGACUGAAAUCCUGCAGUGCCCGCAAGGUCCCCCUGCUCAAGAAAGCACAUAUACAGGCCCGUCUGAAGUUUGCCAGUGAACAUCUGAAUGAUUCAGAGGAGAACUGGGUGAAAGAGUUGUGGUCAGAUGAGACCAAAAUCGAGCUCUUUGGCAUCAACUCAACUCGCCGUGUUUGGAGGAGGAGGAAUGCUGCCUAUGACCCCAAGAACACCAUCCCCACCGUCAAACAUGGAGGUGGAAACAUUAUGCUUUAGGGGUUUUUUUCUGCUAAGGGGACAGGACAACUUCACCGCAUCAAAGGGACGAUGGACGGGCCAUGUACCGUCAAAUCUUGGGUGAGAACCUCCUUCCCUCAGCCAGGGCAUUGAAAAUGGGUCGUGGAUGGGUAUUCCAGCAUGACAAUGACCCAAAACACACGGCCAAGGCAACAAAGGAGUGGCUCAAGAAGAAGCACAUUAAGGUCCUGGAGUGGCCUAGCCAGUCUCCAGACCUUAAUCCCAUAGAAAAUCUGUGGAGGGAGCUGAAGGUUCGAGUUGCCAAACGUCAGCCUCAAAACCUUAAUGACUUGGAGAAGUUCUGCAAAGAGGAGUGGGACAAAAUCCCUCCUGAGAUGUGUGCAAACCUGGUGGCCAACUACAAGAAACGUCUGACCUCUGGAUUGCCAACAAGGGUUUUGCCACCAAGUACUAAGUCAUGUUUUGCAGAGGGGUCAAAUACUUAUUUCCCUCAUUUUAAAAUGCAAAUCAAUUUAUAACAUUUUCUCACAUGUGUUUUUCUGGAUUUUUUUGUUGUUAUUCUGUCUCUCAUUGUUCAAAUAAACCUACCAUUAAAAUUAUAGACUGAUCAUUUCUUUGUCAGUGGGCAAACGUACAAAAUCAGCAGGGGAUCAAAUACUUUUUUCCCUCUGUAAUUUUGUAAGCUUUAAGGUAACACUGGACCCCUCUCCCUCUCCAAUCCUCCAGCCCAGGUAGUGAUGCCUGAGGAGCUGAGGUUCCCCCAUGCCUGCUGUGUGGGCAUCUCCUCUCAGACCUCCCUGGGCAUCUUCAACCCCUCCGAGCGCUGGCAGCAGGUCUCCAUCACCGUCACCAGCCUGGCCAUCGACGGAGAGAAGGUGAGUCACUUUGUUUCUAAUGAAAUUGUCAAGAGGAAUGAUUUAUGGUCUGAAAUAGUGUGAACAAACAUUUGGGUGCUCAAAGCAUGUAAAGGCAAAAAAAUAUUGUAAGCAGAUUGAGAGCCAAUAAAUAGUCCUGGAAAUGUAGCCACUCCGAAUAACUACUAACUCGUGUUGGACCAUAAUGCCCAUUUCCUGUCCCAACCAGGUUGAUUCAUUCCCGUACCAGUGGCUGAUAGUGAAGAACAAGACUAUCAUCGGCCCUAAGAGCACGGAGGAGCAGAAGGUGUUGUUCAUCCCACCCCAGGCCGGGCUGUACCAGGCUGUCCUCAGUGUGUCCUCCUGGCCUGCCUCCGCUGAGGCUGAGGCUGUCGCCCGCGCAGAGGUGUUCGCCAAGAGGGUGGUCCUCGUCGCCAUGGCAGAGGACCCUGCUCUGGAGGUAAGGCGGUGUGGCUGAUGGAUUGUUGGCUUGUUAGCUUUAAUCCCCAGUGGGUGUAACCGAUGUCGAUCGUUAGCUAGUUAGCUUUGAGUCCAUGUCGGGACAGGAAGGACACCUACUACGUGGGCAUGCUUCCUGUUUAGUUUGUUUUACAGCUUUUCCCUCUUAUAUUUCAGUAUUUGAAACAACAGUGGAGUACAACCUCAAGGUCUCUGUGUUCUAGUUGGUUGAUAUCAAUGAUGUUGAUGUUUCUCCACUUGUAAUAGAUAACACUAUGUUCUGAAUGGUUUCUCCACUGUAAUAGAUAACACAUUUAUGUUCUGAAUGGUUUCUCCUCUCCAGGUGGAUGUAGGGAAGUGUGGCAGUCUGGACUUUGGAGACCUGGCAGGUGGCAGUGCCAAAGCUCUCCCUCUGAAGCUGCUGAACAGGACUCAGGCUACCGUACCUAUUAGACUGGUUAUCAGUGCUGUAAGACAAUGCAAUACAAUACAUUACAAUACAGUGCAGUGCGUCCAUUGAGACAACGGACACGAACUGUCCUCCCGAGUGGCGCAGUGGUCUAAGGCACUGCAUCGCAGUGCUAGCUGUGUCCAGGCUCUGUCGUAGCCGGCCGUGACCGGGAGACCCAUGGGGCGGCGCACAAUUGGCCCAGCGUCGUCCAGGGUAGGGGAGGGAAUGGCCGGCAGUUGGUAGAGCAUGCAAACGGCGCGCGUCAUUCUUAUCGAAUUCCGAGGCGCAUAUUUAAGAUGUUAAAAUAAUUGUCCAUAUUAACUUUGCGUCAGCCAACAAGAUGAGUAGGCCUAACGAACAGCAAAAGCACUAGCCUGUGAACCUACCAUCCCCCAUAGGACAAAAGUUCACCUAUUCUAUUGGUCAGCUUGUCCUUCUCUGCAAUAAAUAAAUAUUCCAAACAGGCUCUGGGACAGUUGUGGGAGUGACAUAUCACAAAUUAAUUCAACCACUGUAGGCUACAUUAAAAAAUAUGUUUUUAAAGCAAUGAGGGUGAUGCAACAGAUCAGAACGUUUAGCUUAAAAUGUUGACCAACUAUUAGGCUAUUUCUUCACAUUAUAAGCACAGCAAUGCGCACAUUGUAGUAGGCUAUAAGCACAAGUGUUCCAAAAUGCAGUUCGUGGGAAAACACAGUUCUCAAAAGUGCACCGGAAAUGCGAGCGGUUUCAUAUGACAGAAAUGAAUAUAUCCUUCAGAAAUGUAGAAAGAUCUAAAGCAACUAGCAUGGUUGUUAAUAUGACUAGGAUUGCGUUUGGCUGCUGGACAACGAAAGAAAGUUGAGAACAUGAGAGAAAGACUGGUUUCAAUGGCAUGUGAGGAAGAGUUAAUAAAAUAAUCCCCUUCACAUUCCUAUGGUCAGAACAUGGUAAGACAUGCCUCAUAAAAUGACAAAAAACCUCCAGGUUUUAAACAAUUUCGUUUAUGGUUAAAUAGUUUCAAAAUGUUGACUACCUCUGCUCAGAUUGUAAGGUGGGUGAUGUUGCAGUGCGGAACAGGCACUGGCCUUUCUCUCCUGUCAGAACGAACAGUAUGUCAACAGAAUCAAGCCUUUAGAUAUUAAUAAUGAUCCUACAUUAUAUUUGUCAAACAUUACUGGCAUUUAGCCUGCUAUAUUUUCUGGCACCUCCCUCCUGUCAGCAUCGGUCAGGACUUGACAGACUGUUGGCUCAAUAUGCAUAGGCUAUCAACUACACUUUGACAUGUAAGAUAAUUAAUUUACAUACGCCUAUGUUUUAACAGAAGCGCUAGUGUUUUUCGUUUUUCAAAUCAAUUUAAUUGGCUAUUGAGGGUAAUGUCCUUUGUGCCCUGGCAGAUUGGGCACCUCUUGGAGGCCAAAUGGCCUCGGCCCUAAAAUUACAUUUACAUUUUAGUCAUUUAACAGACACUCUUAUCCAGAGCGACUUACAGGAGCAAUUAGGGUUAAAUGCCUUGCUUAAGGGCACAUCGGCAGAUUUUUCACCUAGUCGGCUCGGGGAUUAGAACCAGCGACCUUUCGGUUACUGGCACAACGCUCUUAACCACUAAGCUACCUGCCGGUGUCAUGUUACUGUUACUCAAAAGCACACCUGAAUCCUAACUUGAUGUCUGCAUGAGUAAUUCAAGUUUUGAGUCCUUUGUGACAAAUGUAUUUUGUUAAAAUAGUUGGCUAUACAAGCACACUUUGAUUGGUAAUAUUGUCUUUGUGAUGUCAUAUUUCUAGAAUGCCACGGCUUGGCGCUGCUUCACUUUCUCCAAGAGUCCCGUUGCCAUGACAGCUGAGGGCGUGCUGCAGGCGGGGACUGUGACCUCACUGGCCGCUCCGUCCGUCAUUAACCAUGUGAUGCACGCCAGCUACGGAGAUGUGAGUAAACCUGGAGGGGACCUAGUCUUAGUGACUUAAAUAGUUUAGUAGUUUGAGGGAUGUUUUGGAAUGAAAUAUGAUUUCCUGUUGCAUUUCAGAAUCCAGAGAGCUUCAUGGUUUGGGUUCACUUCCACGCGCCGCAGAAAUACCAGCCCUGUUCAGGUAUGGCCCCUGUCCUCGCUUGAUGAAUAUUAAUACACAAAGAUGCCAUUCAGCCACCAGUCAUAGCUGAUGUUUGUGUCAUGUGAUGUGUAAUGUCAUACAGGUGAUCUAGGUCCAGCUGAAGGGUACAGUGAUGUGUGAUGUCAUAACAGGUGAUCUAGGUCCAGCUGAAGAGUACAGUGAUGUGUGAUGUCAUACAGGUGAUCUAGGUCCAGCUGAAGAGUGCAGUGAUGUGUGAUGUUAUACAGGUGAUCUAGGUCCAGUUGAUGAGGACAGUGAUGUGUGAUGUCAUACAGGUGAUCUAGGUACAGUGAUGUGUGAUGUCAUACAGGUGAUCUAGGUCCAGCUGAAGAGUACAGUGAUGUGUGAUGUCAUACAGGUGAUCUAGGUCCAGCUGAAGAGUACAGUGAUGUGUGAUGUCAUAACAGGUGAUCUAGGUCCAGCUGAAGAGUACAGUGAUGUGUGAUGUCAUACAGGUGAUCUAGGUCCAGCUGAAGAGUACAGUGAUGUCAUACAGGUGAUCUAGGUCCAGCUGAAGAGUACAGUGAUGUGUGAUGUCAUAACAGGUGAUCUAGGUCCAGCUGAAGAGUACAGUGAUGUGUAAUGUCAUACAGGUGAUCUAGGUCCAGCUGAAGAGUGCAGUGAUGUGUGAUGUCAUACAGGUGAUCUAGGUCCAGCUGAAGAGUGCAGUGAUGUGUGAUGUCAUACAGGUGAUCUAGGUACAGUGAUGUGUGAUGUCAUACAGGUGAUCUAGGUCCAGCUGAAGAGUACAGUGAUGUGUGAUGUCAUACAGGUGAUCUAGGUCCAGCUGAUGAGUACAGUGCGCGGGUGGACAUCGAGGUGGACUGUCCAGGGCCCAGUCAUGUGAUCAGGAGCGUCCCCCUCAGAGCCAGGUCUGGAAUAGCCAGAGUACACGCCCCCAAAGACCUACAGGUAGGAACUGACGUGUCGCACUGCUUACAUGAGACUAGUCUUUAUAUUCAGGAUUUAACUGGGAAACCUUUGUGUUUUAUUGCCUUUCUAAGACAUCCCAUAUUAGAGUUGGGGUUGACCUUCGUGAUAAAUAUGUUGAUAUUUCUGCUAUUUUCUGAUGUACGUUUUUUGCAGACUGUUAACCUCUCGGCACCGUUUGGUCAGUCCAGCAAACAGACUCUGCCUCUGAAGAACGCAGGCAACAUCGAUGUCCAGCUGAAACUCAAAGUAUUCUGUCCCUUUUUCUUCCCUGGUUGAUCUGUGCUUUGAUAUUUUGGCAUUGUGUUUUGGAUGCCAUCUGGUGGUGGGAUGUGAUAUUGGUUAGUUCCUAUGGCAAUGAGAAAGGCUGGUCCUCAGUAAGUAUGUUUUGCCCUCAAGGUCCUCACAAGGAUAGAACAGUGUGUGUGUGUGUUGUUGAUAUUGACAUUACCUCCUGGGUGGUGUUUGUCUUCAGAACAGCGGUGGUGAUGACUGUUUCUGUGUGAGUCCUGAUGAGCUGUGUCUGCGUGCCGGGGAGGAGCAAGGCAUUGUGGUCACGUUCACGUCUCAGGGCGACAGGAAGAACAGAGAGAGGUACAUCUUCAGAGAUCUGAACAUCUAGCCUUCUAGAACACCUUCUACAUUACUCUGUGUUGUACUUCAGAGUGUAAUAUAUCUGUUGCUCUAGGAUAAUUUUACCGGCAGCCUCAGUCUUUUCCCUGGGCUGUUGUUAUGUGUCCUUGUGUUUUCAUGGUACUUCCUGUUCUGAGGUUUCUUCCUGCUUGUCCCUCCAGUGUUCUGACCAUCCUGGUGCUGCCCUCUGGUCCUCAGUAUGAGGUGGUGCUGAAGGGACAGGUGGUACCAGAGGAGAGGGGUAAACCAGCUGCCCCUGGUCCUGCCUCUGCCCUGGGCAUGCUGCCCCCCAGCGAGGUUCCCCCCAUCCUCUCCAACAAGCAGUUCAUGGCCUGGGGAGGGGUCACCCUGGGCAGGGCUGUGUAAGGAACAAUUACUAGACUCCUCCGUGUUAGUCAUAAUGAUCAAUCCGUACAUAGUUGUAUCAUGUCUUAUGAACAUGGAUAGAAAGCCAAUGACGAGGUUGAUUGUUGUAGCCAGGCUGUGGAGGUAUUGUGUUCUGAAGGUGUGCUUCUACCUCUACAGACAACAGAAGCUGGUUCUUCGUAAUAAUUCCCCCAACACAACACACCAACUGCGCCUGCUGAUCCGAGGACAAGAUCACAACUGUUUCCAGGUAAGAACCAAGCAACUAAACUUGUCCAGCUACAUAUCCACUUCAACAACCUUUUAGAUAUCAAUCGGAACAGCUCUGUAUCAGUCUGCUUGCCUUGAGACUUGGUUGUAGACUCCUGUGGUGUUUGAAGCCAUAAGAUUGUACAGUCAUGUCUCAGGACAAGGACUGUUAUUCAUCAGUGAUUUAUUACUACAGUCAGGUCUCAUUAACUCCUGGCUCCCCUUGUCUCACUGUGAUCUCCUUUCUCUGUCUCUUUCCACCUCUCUCCCUCUCCGUCUCUGUCCCUCUCUCUCUCAAUUCAAUUCAGUUCAAUUUAAGGGCUUUAUUGGCAUGGGAAACGUAUGUUAACAUUGCCAAAGCAAGUGAAACAGAUAAUAAACAAAAGUGAAAUAAACAAUAAAUAUUAACAGUAAACAUUACACUCAGAAGUUCCAAAAGAAUAAAGACAUUUCAAAUGUCAUAUUAUGUAGAUAUACAGUGUUGUAAUUAUGUGCAAAUAGUUAAAGUGCAAAUGGGGAAAUAAAUAAACAUUAAUAUGGGUUGUAUUUACAAUGGUGUUUGUUCUUCACUGGUUGCCCUUUUCUUGUGGCAACAGGUCACAAAUCUUGCAGCUGUGAUGGCACACUGUGGUUUUUCACCCAGUAGAUAAGGGAGUUUAUCAAAAUUGGGUUUGUUUUCUAAUUCUUUGUGGAUCGCUGUAAUCUGAGGGGAAUAUGUGUCUCUAUGGUCAUACAUUUGGCAGGAGGUUGUUUUCUCAUGAUUUGGUUGGGUCUAAUUGUGUUGUUGUUGUUGUUGUUGUUGUUGUUGUCCUGGGGCUCUGUGGGGUCUGUUUGUGUUUGUGAACAGAGCCCCAGGACCAGCUUACUUAGGGGACUCUUCUCCAAGUUCAUCUCUCUGUAGGUGAUGGCUUUGUUAUGGAAGGUCUGGGAAUCGCUUCCUUUUAAGUGUUUAUAGAAUUUAACGGCUCUUUUCUGGAUUUUGAUAAUUAGCGGGUAUUGGCCUAAUUCUGCUCUGCAUGCAUUAUUUAGUGUUUUACGUUGAACACGGAGGAUGUCACAAAUCUUUCUGCUGUGAUUGCACACUGGUAUUUCACCCAAUAGAAAUGGGAGUUUAUCAAAAUUGGAUUUGUUUUCUAAUUCUUUGUGGGUCUGUGUAAUCUGAGGGAAAUAUGUGUCUCUAAUAUGGUCAUACAUUUGGCAGGAGGUUAGGAAGUGCAGCUCAGUUUCCACCUCAUUUUGUGGCGAGUGUGCACAUAGCCUGUCUUCUCGAGAGCCAGGUCUGCCUACGGCGGCCUUUCUCAAUAGCAAGGCUAUGCUCACUGAGUCUGUACAUAGAAAAAGCUUUCCUUAAGUGUAGGUCAGUCACAGUGGUCAGGUAUUCUGCCACUGUGUACUCUCUGUUUAGGGCCAAAUAGCAUUCUAGUUUGCUCUGUUUUUUUGUUAAUUAUUUCCUUUGUGUCAAGUAAUUAUAUUUUAGUUUUCUCAUGAUUUGGUUGGGUCUAAUUGUGUUGCUGUCCUGGGGGUCUGUUUGUGUUUGUGAACAGAGCCCCAGGACCAACUUGCUUAGGGGACUCUUCUCCAGGUUCGUCUCUUUGUAGGUGAUGGCUUUGUUAUGGAAGGUUUGGGAAUCGCUUCCUUUUAGGUGGUUGUAGAAUUUAACAGCUCUUUUCUGGAUUUUGAUAAUUAGCAGGUAUCGGCCUAAUUCUGCUCUGCAUGCAUUAUUUGGUGUUUUACGUUGUACACAGAGGAUAUUUUUGCAGAAUUCUGCAUGCAGAGUCUCAAUUUGGUGUUUGUCCCAUUUUGUGAAUUCUUGGUUGGUGAGCGGACCCCAGACCUCACAACCAUAAAGGGCAAUGGGUUCUAUAACUGAUUCAAGUAUUUUUUGCCAGAUCCUAAUUGGUAUGUUGAAUUUUAUGAUCCUUUUGAUGGCAUAGAAGGCCCUUCUUGCCUUGUCUCUCAGAUCGUUCACAGCUUUGUGGAAGUUACCUGUGGUGCGGAUGUUUAGGCCGAGGUACAGUGGAGAGAACAAGUAUUUGAUACACUGCCGAUUUUGCAGGUUUUCCUACUUACAAAGCAUGUAGAGGUCUGUAAUUUUUAUCAUAGGUACACUUCAACUGUGAGAGACGGAAUCUAAAACAAAAAUCCAGAAAAUCACAUUGUAUGAUUUUUAAGUAAUUUGUUUGCAUUUUAUUGCAUGACAUAAGUAUUUGAUCACCUACCAACCAGUAAGAAUUCCGGCUCUCACAGACCUGUUCGUUUUUCUUUAAGAAGCCCUCCUGUUCUCCACUCAUUACCUGUAUUAACUGCACCUGUUUGAACUCGUUACCUGUAUAAAAGACACCUGUCCACACACUCAAUCCAACCUCUCCACAAUGGCCAAGACCAGAGAGCUGUGUAAGAACAUCAGGGAUAAAAUUGUAGACCUGCACAAAGCUGGGAUGGGCUACAGGACAAUAGGCAAGCAGCUUGGUGAGAAGGCAACAACUGUAGGCGCAAUUAUUAGAAAAUGGAAGAAGUUCAAGAUGACGGUCAAUCACCCUCGGUCUGGGGCUCCAUGCAAGAUCUCACCUCGUGGGGCAUCAAUGAUCAUGAGGAAGGUGAGGGAUCAGCCCAGAACUACACGGCAGGACCUGGUCAAUGACCUGAAGAGAGCUGGGACCACAGUCUCAAAGAAAACCAUUAGUAACACACUACGCCGUCAUGGAUUAAAAUCCUGCAGCGCACGCAAGGUCCCCCUGCUCAAGCCAGCGCAUGUCCCGUCUGAAGUUUGCCAAUGACCAUCUGGAUGAUCCAGAGGAGGAAUGGGAGAAGGUCAUGUGGUCUGAUGAGACAAAAAUAGAGCUUUUUCCGUCUAAAUUCCACUCGCCGUGUUUGGAGGAAGAAGGAUGAGUACAACCUCAAGAAAACCAUCCCAACCGUGAAGCAUGGAGGUGGAAACAUCAUUCUUUGGGGAUUCUUUUCUGCAAAGGGGACAGGAUGACUGCACCGUAUUGAGGGGAGGAUGGAUGGGGCCAUGUAUUGCGAGAUCUUGGCCAACAACCUCCUUCCCUCAGUAAGAGCAUUGAAGAUGGGUCGUGGCUGGGUCUUCCAGCAUGACAACGACUUGAAACACACAGCCAGGGCAACUAAGGAGUGGCUCCAUAAGAAGCAUCUCAAGGUCCUGGAGUGGCCUAGCCAGUCUCCAGACCUGAACCCAAUAGAAAAUCUUUGGAGGGAGCUGAAAGUCCGUAUUGCCCAGCGACAGCCCCGAAACCUGAAGGAUCUGGAGAAGGUCUGUAUGGAGGAGUGGGCCAAAAUCCCUGCUGCAGUGUGUGCAAACCUGGUCAAGACCUACAGGAAACGUAUGAUCUUUGUAAUUGCAAACAAAGGUUUCUGUACCAAAUAUUAAGAUCUGCUUUGUUGAUGUCAUGCAAUAAAAUGCAAAUGAAUUACUUAAAAAUCAUACAAUGUGAUUUUUCUGGAUUUUGGUUUUAGAUUCCGUCUCUCACAGUUGAAGUGUACCUAUGAUAAAGAAUUACAGACCUCUACAUGCUUUGUAAGUAGGAAAACCUGCAAAAUCGGCAGUGUAUCAAAUACUUGUUCUCCCCACUGUAUGUAUAGUUUUUUGUGUGCUCUAGGGCAACGGUGUCUAGAUGGAAUUUGUAUUAGUGGUCCUGGCAACUCGACCUUUUUUGGAACACCAUUAUUUUUGUCUUACUGAGAUUUACUGUCAUGGCCCAGGUCUGACAGAAUCUGUGCAGAAGAUCUAGGUGCUGCUGUAGGCCCUCCUUGGUUGGGGACAGAAGCACCAGAUCAUCAGUAGACAUUUGACUUCAGAUUCUAGUAGGGUGAGGCCGGGUGCUGCAGACUGUUCUAGUGCCCUCGCCAAUUCAUUGAUACAGUAUAUAUGUUGAAGAGGGUGGGGCUUAAACUGCAUUCCUCUCUCACCCCACGGCCCUGUGGAAAGAAAUGUGUGUUUUUUGCACAUUUUAACCACACACUUGUUUGUGUACAUGGAUUUUAUAAUGUCGUAUGUUUUUCCCCCAUCACCACUUUCCAUCAAUUUGUAUAGCAGACCCUCAUGCCAAAUUGAGUCAAAAGCUUUUUAGAAAUCAACAAAGCAUGCAAAGACACUGUCUUAAUUUUGGUUUGUUUGUUUGGCAAUUAGGGUGUGCAGGGUGAAUACGGGGUCUGUCCAACGGUAAUUUGGUAAAAAGCCAAUUUGACAUUUGCUCAGUUCACUGUUUUCACUGAGGAAAUGUACAACUCUGCUGUUAAUGGUAAUGCAGAGGAUUUUCCCAAGGUUGCUGUUGAUGCAUAUCCCACGGUAGUUAUUGCGGUCAAAUUUGUCUCCACUUUUGUGGAUUGGGGUAAUCAGUCCUUGGUUUCAAAUAUUGGGGAAGAUGCCAGAGCUAAGGAUGAUGUUAAAAUCUUUUAAGUAUAGCCAAUUGAAAUUUGUGGUCUGUAUAUUUUAUAAUUUCAUGUAGGAUACCAUCAACACCACAGGCCUUUUUGGGUUGGAGGGAUUGUAUUUUGUCCUGUAGUUCAUUCAAUGUAAUUGGAGAAUCCAGUGGGUUCUGGUAGUCUUCAAUAAGUUUGUAAUUGAUCAUGUAUAUGUUUUUGCUGUUUUGUUCUUUGUUAUAGAGCCAAAAAGAUUGGAUAAGUGGUUUGUCCAUACAUCUCAGUUUUGGAUAGAUAACUCUUUGUGUUUGUUUAGUGUUUUCCAAUUUUCCCAAAAGUGGUUAGUCUAUGGAUUCUUCAAUUAUAUUGAGCUGAUUUCUGAUGUGCUGUUCCUUCUUUUUCCGUAGUGUAUUUCUGUAUCGUUUUAGCGAUUCUCUCUCUCUCCGUCCCUCUCUCUCUCUCUCCUGUCUCUCCCCUUUCUAUCUGUUAAUGUAAUAUAUCCAUCCCAGCUCCAGAGUAGCUUUGGACUAGAGGAAAGGUUGACCCGGCACAGAGAGCUGUCCAUCCGGCCCAGGGAGGAUGUUGUGGUCCACCUGCUGUUUGCCCCCACCCGGGUGGCCUGCACCCUGGCCAAGCUGGAGAUCAAACAGUCUGGAGUACGGCCCUCACAGCCUGGCAUCAAGUUCACUGUGAGGCUCUCUCUACCCUAACAUCCUGUAGACCGAAGCUUCUUCAUCCUGGUCCUUAGUCGUUGCCCUAGCACUCCAAUCCUGAUUCCGCUAAUCAAAGGCUUGAUGAGGAGUUGGUUAUUUAAGUCAAGUGUGUAGUGCAACAACAGAAAUGUGCACAUAUUUGGGUCCCCAGGACCUAGUUAUUCACUGAAGCGACCAGACUGGUUUUCAAUGGUGGUUUCUGAUCUUAAAGGGACAUUACACUUUAAAGUCAAAGUUGUCAGAUGUUUUCAGACCUCAAAAUGAGUGUGAUAAUGAAUGGGUUAUGUAGAUCCAGCUAUAUGCCUCACAUCCAAAUACACAAUCAGGAAGUAAGACAAUGCUCAUUGUCUCCUCUCUCUCUUCCCCCCAGAUCCCACUAUCAGGCUAUGGAGGGACCAGUAGCAUUAUUCUGGAAGACACCAGGAAGCGUUCAGAUGGCUACGUGGCUAUGCUAAUGGGUGUUGCAGCAGGCCAGGUGUCCAAGCUGUGUGUGUGUGUGAGGAACACUGGUUCCAGGGCUGCCUUCAUUAAGGCUGUUCCCUACUCUGACCUUCAGACACGCUCUGUCAUGGACUCAUCUGUCAUCAGCCUCUCUCCAUCUCAGUUAGUACUGAAGGAGAGGACACAGGAGGUAGGACACAUGACUUGUUUCAACAUUUCUGCAUGUGGUCAGAAAGGAGGUUCUGGUUGACACCUUGUCAAGUUGGUUUUAUCUGGACUAACUGUCAAAGAGACCUGACUGAAUGACACCUUGUCAAGUUGGUUUGAACUGGACUACCUGUCAGAGACCUGACUGAAUGACACCUUGUCAAGUUGGUUUGAACUGGACUACCUGUCAGAGACCUGACUGAAUGAUACCUUGUCAAGUUGGUUUGAACUGGACUACCUGUCAGACCUGACUGAAUGACACCUUGUCAAGUUGGUUUGAUCUGGACUACCUGCCAGAGACCUGACUGAAUGACACCUUGUCAAGUUGGUUUGAACUGGACUACCUGACAGAGACCUGACUGAAUGACACCUUGUCAAGUUGGUUUGAACUGGACUACCUGCCAGAGACCUGACUGAAUGACACCUUGUCAAGUUGGUUUGAACUGGACUACCUGUCAGAGACCUGACUGAAUGACACCUUGUCAAGUUGGUUUGAACUGGACUACCUGUCAGAGACCUGACUGAAUGACACCUUGUCAAGUUGGUUUGAACUGGACUACCUGCCAGAGACCUGACUGAAUGACACCUUGUCAAGUUGGUUUGAACUGGACUACCUGCCAGAGACCUGACUGAAUGACACCUUGUCAAGUUGGUUUGAACUGGACUACCUGACAGAGACCUGACUGAAUGACACCUUGUCAAGUUGGUUUGAACUGGACUACCUGACAGAGACCUGACUGAAUGACACCUUGUCAAGUUGGUUUGAACUGGACUACCUGCCAGAGACCUGACUGAAUGACACCUUGUCAAGUUGGUUUGAACUGGACUACCUGCCAGAGACCUGACCUGAGAGCUGUAGAGCUGUUUCUAACAUUCACAUUCUCUGGAAUGUUUAGUUAAAUAUUUUGUAUUACCUUGGAUACUUCCCUUGGCAUCUUUCUGUUUGAUGACAACAUUACGUUUUCUAUUUGAAUGCCAGUUGAACCAGGUGUUUGUGGACUGGUAACCUUCCCUAGGCUGUACUGGAGUGACACAUACCUGCUAGUUAACCUGUGGCUCCUUUCUUCUUGUCUAGGUGAUCACGGUUCUGAUGAAGGUGACCCAUAGAGAGCAGACUCUGUGUCAGUCAGCUAAUGCCCUCCUGGCCACAGUCUGUCUCUUCUGUGGAGACGAGGUCUCACGACAACAGUUCAGGAGGUGAGGACCUGUCCCUCGGUUUCUUACAUGGACUAAUCUGUCAUUAACUUGACUUUAAACAGCAAUCUUAUGAAGCAAUAGCAUUAGUGUCUUUUGAAGAGGUUGUUUCAGGCUGUCAGACAGAACAGUCUCUGCUGUCCUCCAGGCCCUCUGUUUGAUUUACAGCACACACUGUAAGGAGACUCAUUUCACUACUCUCUCCAUCUCCUGUCCCCCAGGUUGCUGCUGUCGAAGCCCGAGGCAGGCAGGAAGAUUCUGUCGGAGAACAGUCUGCUGAAAGGACUCAACUUCAACGAGAGGUUCCUGGGGGAGGAGCAGGUCCUGGAGGGUAAGGGUCAUGGGUCUUUCUAGAACAGGAGUGGGAAAAUGUCAAUGUUGCCUUGGUUAGAUAGUAGCUGGGAGCUUCCAGAGUCUGAUACUUGUGAUAUUUGUUUGUCACAUUUUGCGGUCUGAAUUGAUUUUGGCGAGCUGCUCAUAGGUGGUCUGGUAGCUACUGGUAGAUCAACCUGUUGGAGACCCCUGUUCUAGAAACUAGGGUAUCAGUGAGGAUUUACUACGCUGGACAACAGCUGUCGAUAAGUCAUUCAUAAUAAUCAGCAAAAAAAUGUUUGUUGUGGAAUUACCACCAGGGACACCUGAAGUCAAUCUUAAAUUAAUCAUUCUUUAUUAUCAGCAAGCUGGAGAGGUUCCAACAAACUCAAUGCAACGUAGUACACGUCGGUCGGCAGCUCCGCCGGGGCAGUCCCGUUAGUUCUCUUAUAUACUGCUUACACAGACAAGUUAUAUUUGCAUGAUUUACAUUAUUCAUUAUUCAUAAUGAAUUCAUCAUUAACUUUUGGUUCGUGCAUGUGACCGACCAAUACCUCACAAGGCUUUUUCUCUCCAAGCUGAGACCUUGAAACUGAGAAAGCCCUUUCGAUUCUCAAAACAAUGUUCUGGGCGGACUGCCAAAUUGCUUAUACUGAUAGUGAGCAUUUCACCCAGGCACCAUCAAUCAGUCACUUGCAUGAACCCAGUCGAAUUGGUCAUUAGAGACGCACAAACAUAAAAUGUUCCUUCACAUGUUCAUGUCAUUACAUUAAGAUAUAAGGGGGGAACAUGGCUAUAUUCAAAAAUAUUCAUGAGUUGAUUUAAAACCUAUGUUUAACACUUUCUCAUGGUUGGCUUCUUGAUGGAUUUGUCCAAAAUCAUGGGACAUAAAACAUUACUUUUCUGUCCUUACAUUUAUAGCAGUGUAAGUUGUCGUUAUAUCAAAUAUUAAGCAUUAGUCAGUUAAAUUAGACAUUAAACAUGAACCCUGUAAGGAUCGUGGAUCUAGCUGUCAGACAUUUUUUGUGUAGAGAUCUCAGAAAUGCAGUCUAACUACGUAAUAUUUUGUGUCUCCUUAUGUUACGGGGUGAAAACAGUUCUCAUGGGCACACAAAUCCCCCAAAAUCAAUGCGAUUGCAAAAUCAAAUGCUUCUAACUGAAAAUCACCUUACCUUGAUACUUAAAACCUAAAUCAAUACUGUCAUUAACGUGGUUCUUCAAUGAUUAUGCAUAAUACUUGUUGGAUGCGCAUUUGCUGUUGAGCAGUUUAUAAUAUUUUCACACCUGAUCCAGGAAGGAAUUUUCUGAAUGACAGUCAAGUGACUAAUAGCUGUUGUGAUUGUGCAUGUGAUGCAACAACAGCCCAAGUGUUGGAAUAUUUUGGUGUCUCAUUCGUUACUCCGGUAAAGACCGUUGUGCCUGGAUCAAGGUUGGAGUGUCGGAGAAUGGGGUGAUGAGGCUUGUGGAACGUUGGCAACGGGAGCAAUGUCACCAUGGACAAUUUAUUCACUUCACUGUCAUUGGAGAACAAGUUGCCUGCAAAGAGAAGAAGUCUGGCCUGCACCAUGAACAAUUAAAAUGGGAGGAUGGCUUAUAAUAAUGGCUGGAACAGAGCGAAUGGAAUGUCAUCAAAUACCUGGAAAUCAUGUGUUUGACUUAUUUGACCCAUUCCGCUCCAGCCAUUACCACGAGCCCGUCCUCCCCUAUUAAUUGUUCAUGGUGCCGGCCAGACUUCUUUCCUUUGCAGGCAACUUGUUCUCCAAUGACAGUGAAGUGAAUAAAUUGUCCAUGGUGACAUUGCUCCCGUUGCCAACGUUCCACAAGCCUCAUCACCCCAUUCUCCGACACUCCAACCUUGAUCCAGAUCCUUCUUACAUUUACAUUUUCGUCAUUUAGCAGACGCUCUUAUCCAGAGCGACUUACAAAUUGGUGCAUUCACCUUUAUGAUUAGCCAGGUGACAACCACUUACUAUAUUUAUAUUAUAUUAUAUAUAUAUAUCUAUAAUUAAUUAUUAUUUAUUUUUUUCACCACAGUCUCCGACACUCGCCCCUGCUGCCCGAUGUGGAUAUUUUCCCAGAUAUUGAAAUCCGUUCAGCAUGUACAAUUACACACGCUAUCACUGUGUAGCCUACUCCAAGUAGGCCAGAGUAGACUGAUAUAGGGUACAUACGAUGUUAAGAUUAGAAUUAGAAUGGGUCAGUAUAUUAGAAUGUCCCUGUUCUUCAUCACAAUGUGAUUCCAUAACUCUGAACCGUUCCUCCCAACACCGUCGACCACUCAUCAACUGUCCCUGUUCUUCAUCACAAUGUGAUACCAUAACUCUGAAUCAUUUGCUCCCAGUCGCUCAUCAACUGUCCCUUUACUUCAUCACAAUGUGAUUCCAUAACUCUGAAUCGUUCGCUCCCCGUCACUCAUCAACUCUCCCCAGUAUAUUUUAUCUGUUAAAUGUGAAAUUAGUUUCAGUACAGUUUAGGUUCAGUUUCCAGGCAAAUGUCGGUGUGAUUAUCAGCUGGGCGCUGCACUUUCAACUGUCGGAAGAAGGAGCAGAGCGGGCCUUAGUGUUGGGAGAAGGAGGGGCAACGGGGGGAAACCAUUCAUAAAAAUGACAUGCCCUCCUAAAAUAAAUUAAAUAUAAUAAAAUGGUCAAAAUGACCAGCGGUUCUGUUAUUAAAGGAUGUAUAGUCCUGUGUCUGUAUGUAUGUAUGUAUGUAUGUAUGUAUGUAUGUAUGUAUUCACUUUUAUUCCUCCAAGUACACAUGUGGAAGUGUAGACUUGACCCCCUAUGUUUAGCUCAUGGUUUCCAAUGCUGUCUGUCUCCAGCCUACGACCUUCCCCAGAGCCCCAACCAGGCCCAGUUGUUCUAUGGGAACCUGAGUAAGGUGGUGUUGUCAGUGCUGGGCAGCACAGAGACAUUGGACUCUGGAGAGAGUGACCACCAGGUCCACGUUCAGCCCCCCCUAGCUGUCACCAGGAGAGGCUCAGAGGCUGACAGGUACUGGGACUGACAGGGGGAAUAUCAUACCUUAGGAAAGAACAUAAUCAUAUGAAUGUUUUCAUGUAACACCUUCUCAUUUGGUUCCUAGUGUGUUUCUUUCUGCUUAUAACACACAAGCAGCCCAAUUCUGAUAUUUUGCCACAAAUUGUUAUUUUGACCAAUCACAUCUUUUGCCAAUAAUUUUGCACCCUGAGUAAAUGCGGUCAUGGGGGCAGUUUCCCAGACACAGGUAAAGCCUAGUGAGUCCUAGACAAGGACAUUUGCUCAAAGGAGAAUCUCCAUUGAAAUAUAUUUUUAGUCCAGGGCUACGCUUCAUCUGUGUCUGAGAAACCAGCCCAUCAUGUCUGAAACAAAUCUUAUCCUGGUCCUCCAAACACAUUCUGUUACUUGAGGUAUACUAACAGUAUGAUGAUAAAGGGAUACUUCGGAAGUUUGUUGAUGAGUCCCUUUAUUUACUGCCCCAGAGUCAGAUGAACUCAUGGAUACCAUUUUUAUGUCUGAGUGGUUUGAAGGAAGUUGCUGACUAGCGCUAGUGCAAUUGCUAACUAGCGUUAGCGCAACUGGUAGCAUGCUAGCAGAUUGGCUUCCGGUCAUUAUGCUAAUGCUACUUAGCAGUUCUGCUAACGCUAGUUAGCAAUUGCGCUAGAGCUAGUUAGCAACUUCCUUCAAACCGCUCACAGAGACAUUAGUGGUAUCCACGAGUUCAUCUGAAUCUGGGGAAGUAGAUACUGUGCCAUCAGAAAGUAUUCACACCCCUGGACUUUUAACACAUUUUGUUCUCUUACAAAGUGGGAUUUAAUUGUAAUUUUUUAUCAACACAACAUACUCUAAUGUCAAAGUGGAAGAAAAUUCAAACAUUUGUAUAAAAUUCAUAAAAAAUAAAACUAUCUUGAUUUAGAUUAGUAUUGAACCCCCCCAAGUCAAUACAUGUCGGCAGCGAUUACAGCUGUGAGUCUUUCUGGGUAAGUCUCUAAGAGCUUUCCACACCUGGAUUGUGCAACAUUUCACAUUAUUCUUUUCAAAAUUCUUCAUGUUCUGUCAAGUUGGUUGUUGAUCAUUGCUAGACAACCAUUUUCAGGUCUUGCCAUAGAUUUUUAAGCAGAUUUAAUUGAAAACUAACUAGUCACUCAGGAACCAUUCACUGUCUUCUUGGGAAGCAACUCCAGUGUAGAUUUGGCCUUGUAUUUUAGGUUAUUGAUUGUCCUGCUGAAAGGUGAAUUCAUCUCCCAGUGUCUAGUGGAAACCAGACUGAAACAGGGUUUCCUCUAGGAUUUUGCCUGUGCUUAGCUCCAUUCCGUUUCUUUUUUUAUCCCCAAAAUAACUCCCCAGUCCUUAACGAUUACAAGCAUACCCAUCAUAACAUGAUGCAGCCACCACCAUGCUUGAAAAUAUGGGGAGUGGUACUCAGUAAUGUGUUGUACAUGGGCCCCGUGUAGCUCAGUUGGUAGAGCAUGGCGCUUGCAACGCCAGGGUUGUGGGUUCGAUUAUGAAAAAAAAAAAAAUUAUGCACUCAAUAACUGCAAGUCGCUCUGGAUAAGAGCAUCUGCUAAAUGACAAAAUUGUAAAAUGUAUUCAGGACAAAAAGUGAAUUGCUUUGCCACAUUUUUUUGCAGUUGCAAACAGAAUAUUUUUAUUCUGUACAAGCUUCCUUAUUUUCACUGUCAUUUAGGUUAGUAUUGUGGAGUAACUACAAUGUUGUUGAUCCAUCCUCAGUUUUCUCCCAUCACAGCCAUUAAACUCUCUAACUGUUUUAAAGUCACCAUUGGCCUCGUGGUGAAAUCCCUGAGCGGUUUCCUUCCUCUCCAGCAACUGAGUUAGGAAGGACGCCUGUAUCUUUGUAGUGACUGUGUAUUGAUACACCAUCCAAAGUGUAAUUCAAAUCAAAUUUUAUUGAUCACAUACACGUGUUUAGCAGAUGUUAUUGCGGGUGUAGUGAAAUGCUUGUGCUUCUAGCUCCGACAGUGCAGUAAUAUCUAACAAUUUCACAACAUGUACCCAAUACACACAAAUCUAUGUAAGGAAUGAAUUAAGAAUAUAUACAUAUAUGGACAAGCGAUGUUAGAGCGGCAUGGACUAAAAUACAGUAGAAUAGUAUAGAAUACAGUAUAUACAUAUGAGAUGAGUAAUGCAGAUAUGUAAACAUUAUUAAAGUGACUAGUGUUCCAUUUUUUUAAAGUGGCCAGUGAUUUCAACAGGCAGCAGCAGCCUCUAAUGUGCUAGUGAUGGCUAUUUAACAGUCUGAUGGCCUUGAGAUAGAAGCUGUUUUUCAGUCUCUCGGUUCCAGCUUUGAUGCACCUGUACUGACCUCGCCUUCUGGAUGAUACCGGGGUGAACAGGCAGUGGCUUGGGUGGUUGUCCUUGAUGAUGUAGCUCAGUUGGUAGAGCAUGGGGUUUGCAACGCCAGGGUUGUGGGUUCGAUUCCCACGGGGGGCCAGUAUGAAAAAAAUAUAUAAAUAAUGUACUAACUGUAAAUUGCUCUGGAUGAGAGCGUCUGCUAAAAUGACUAAAAUAAAAAAAUAAAAAUAAAAGAUCGUUUUGGCCUUCCUGUGACAUCGGGUGCUGUAGGUGUCCUGGAGGGCAGGCAGUGUGCCCCCGGUAAUGCGUUCGGCAGACCGCACCACCCUCUGGAGAGCCCUGCGGUUGCGGGUGGUGCAGUUGCCGUACCAGGCGGUGAUACAGCCCGACAGGAUGCGCUCAAUAACUUCACCAUGCUCAACAGGAUAUUCAAUAUCUGCUUUUUUUUUUUUUUUACCCAUCUACCAAUAGGUGCCCUUCUUUGCGAGACAUUGGAAAACCUCCUUUUUGUGGUUGAAUCUGUUUUGAAAUUCACUGCUCGACUGAGGGACCUUACAGAUAAUUGUAUGUGUGGGGUACAGAGAUGAGGUAGUCAUUCAACAAUCAUGUUAAACACUAUUAUUGCACACAUGCAACUUAUUAUGUGACUUGUUAAGCACAUUUUUACUCAACUUAUUUAAACUUGCCAUGACGAAGGGGUUGAAUACUAACUGACUCAAGACAUUUCAGCUUUUCAUUUUUUUAUUAAUUUGUAAAAAUGUCUAAACAUAAUUCCACUUUGACAUUAUGGGGUAUUGUUUGUAGGCCAGUGAUAAAAAAACAAAUAAAAAACGAAUUGAGUCCAUUUUAAAUUCAGGCUGUAACACAACAGCGUGGAAAAGGUCAAGGGGUGUGAAUACUUUCUGAAGGCAUUGUAAAUGGCCUCAUUGACAAAAUCCCAAAGUAUCCCUUUAAUGGUUAUAUAACGUUGUUCUAGUGGUGUUGACUUAUACUAACAGUAUGAUGUUAAUGGUUGUAUAACGUUGUUAUUAUCAUGUUGUAGUGGUUUUGGCAACUCAGACCGUCACAUCAGCAACGUGUCUCUGGAUGUACUGCCUGUGAAGGGUCCUCAAGGCCCAGCGUUACCCAGGACAGAGGCCUCUCAGACGGGGACAGAACCAGGGGACCACAGGGACUCCUGGAGCCUCCAGCCUGAACAGCUGGUUCUCACCUCUCCCACUAUCAGUCAGUAUUAUCAUGUCAAUGUUUGUGACAAACUCUGUGCUCUUUGCAGCCUGAGCAAGGUCUCUUCUGUUUGUGACAAACUCUGUGCUCUUUGCAGCCUGUGCAAGGUCUCUUCUGUUUGUGACAAACUCUGUGCUCUUUGCAGCCUGAGCAAGGUCUCUCAGGACAGAAACGUUGCUGCUCCAGGUUUUCUUUUCAUAAAAAGUGUGGUUUUUAGCAGAGUAGAAUUGUGAACCCUUUCCUUUGGUUGAUAAUGUGUCCAGACGGAGUCGCCGAAACCAGACACGUCCAGAUCCAGAACCACUCAUCAUCCAGAGAGCUGAGCUUUGAGUUGUCCUGGCCAGCCCACUGUCUCACUGUUACCCCUCAGCAUGGAGUCAUAGAACCACAGUACGUACACACACACACACACACACACACACACACACACAGCUUUGAGUUGUCCUGUCCAGCCAACCGUUACAGCUCAGCAUGAACUUCUACAUAGAACCACAGGAUAGGAAGCCUUGCACACACCUUAUUCUAUUCAUAAAUCCUGUGUUAUCAUCCCAGAACUGGGCUUCAAAUGGUUUCCUUCUUAGUAGCCAGUCCAAUGUUGUACAAACUCUUAAAUACUGUAUUUUUCCUCAAACUCAUGUCUCAUGUCAGCUACUUUGUGGUAUUAUGAGUAGGAGGGUUUCACCAUAGUUAGUUGUUGUUUUCCCAGGUGACUAUAUUAAUAGGAAUGUUUCACCAUAGUUAGUUGUUGUUUUCCCAGGUGACUAUAUUAAUAGGAAUGUUUCACCAUAGUUAGUUGUUGUUUUCCCAGGUGACUAUAUUAAUAGGAAUGUUUCACCAUAGUUAGUUGUUGUUUUCCCAGGUGACUAUAUUAAUAGGAAUGUUUCACCAUAGUUAGUUGUUGUUUUCCCAGGUGACUAUAUUAAUAGGAAUGUUUCACCAUAGUUAGUUGUUGUUUUCCCAGGUGACUAUAUUAAUAGGAAUGUUUCACCAUAGUUAGUUGUUGUUUUCCCAGGUGCCACCUCCAGAUCCUCAUCAGUCCUAAUCCGUCCCUAGCAACCAGGUCUUCCACAUUGCCAUGGAGUGGACAGAUCUAUGUCCAGUGUGACAGCCAACAGAAGGUAGUGGUCACCUCCUCAAUGUCUUGAUGUAGUGGUCACCUCCUCAAUGUCUUGAUGUAGUGGUCACCUCCUCAAUGUCUUGAUGUAGUGGUCACCUCCUCAAUGUCUUGAUGUAGUGGUCACCUCCUCAAUGUCUUGAUGUAGUGGUCACCUCACCCUCUUGAUGUUCUCUCCAUCAUACUGUUGUAUUGUAACUGCUAACAUGAUGUACUUUGAAUUAGCGUCAUCCUAGAUUAAUGUUAGUUUAUUGUUAACAUGUUAUUUUCUCUCCAGUUCAUCAGAAUCCAGAUCCGUCAGGACCUAGCUCUGGAUGUAUCAACCGCCCCAGCAGACCGGUCCCUAGCCCCCCUUCCCCCCCAGACUGCUACCCCCAUGCCCACCACCAUGCUGCCCCCUGCAGGCCGACCCCCCCAGACCCUGACCAGGGCAGCUCCAGCCACGGUGGAGAUCAGUAACCGCACCAUCAUGUUUCCUGCCACGCCCUCAGGAGACACCUCAGGUAGGAGACACUCUGACUCCCAGCGUUACUCAGCGUUGGGACAUAUCUAUAAUCUCUGACUCCCCAGCGUUACUUAGCAUUGGGACAUAUCUAUAAUCUCUGACUCCCCAGCGUUACUCAGCAUUGGGACAUAUCUAUAAUCUGACUCCCAGCGUUACUCAGCGUUGGGACAUAUCUAUCAUCUCUGACCCCAGCGUUACUCAGCAUUGGGACAUAUCUAUAAUCUCUGACUCCCAGCGUUACUCAGCAUUGGGACAUAUCUAUAAUCUCUGACUCCCCAGCGUUACUCAGCAUUGGGACAUAUCUAUAAUCUCUGUACUUUGCAAUUGCCAGUCAAAAUAAACACAUUUCCCCUCUAGGAUAAUACAAAAUGCUGUGUAUGUUUUUGAAGACUGUUCCUGCAUGAGUGGGUGGUUUUCCAGUGUUUUGAUCUAAAGGCUGUCUCUUCCUUGGUCAGAGUCCUCUGUGGAGGUGGAGAAUAGAGGAGAACAGGUGAGGUGGUACCUGUCAUCCUUCGCCCCUCCCUAUGUAAAGGGGGUGGACAGCAGUGGGGACGUUUACCGGGCCACCUACACAGCCUUCAGAUGUCCCAGAGUCUCUGGAACCCUGGGAGCACACGACAAGAUGCAGGUGAUUACUCCAUCUCUACCCCUACCCAUACCUAUGGCUUUAUUAGGGUUACUGACCUCCUAGCUUUACCCAGUCACACCUCUGGCCCCAGAACAUACAUCAGGGCUAUUCAACUGGUGGCCCGCGGGCCAGAUCUGGCCAGUUUAUCCAUUUAGAAUGGCCCUUUGAUCGAUUCUGAACAUUAAGCAAAAAGAAUUGGGACCACCCAAAGGGAAAAAUGUAUGCACACAUGACUGUAAGUCGCUUUGGAUAAAAGCGUCUGCUAAAUGGCAUAUUAUAUUAUAAAUCUGGCCCCCGUAAGAAUCUAGUUGAAUAGCCCUUCCAUACAUAUUACCAUUUGGAGGAUGACUGGGCAUGUCCUAUGUGUCUCCGGUCAAUAGGAUGCCUUGUGGGGCUUAGCCCAUGAUGGGUGUUGUCCUCCUGUUGAUGUCUGUGUCUCCUCUCCAGGUGCCCAUCACCUUCCUGCCGAGGGACCGAGGGGACUAUGCUCAGUUCUGGGACCUGGAGUGUCACCCUGUGGCCGAGCCUCAGCACAAGACCAGGAUACGCUUCCAGCUCUGUGGCACUGUGAGUAGACUGUUAUAGGACAUCAUCAUAUACUGCAGGGUGACUUCCUGCUUUGCAGAAGUCUUCCCAAUGUGAGCAAGUCUCAACUAGCAGAAGGAUGAAGAGAGAGUUUUUUAAAGUAGGGUCGUUUUGAAUAGGGGGGGGGGGGGGGGGGGGGGGGGUUGCGGGUUGCGGUGGUGGUGAUGAUGAUGAUGAUUGUGUGUUUCAGGGUGUUAAGGUUGGUCCAGUGGAGGCUCCUCAGGAAGCAGACUGUUCUUUGGUGAAGACUGAUGCUACCUUCAAGACCAGGAUGAGACCUGACCCUGUUGUUGCUGCUGCUGGGGGCAGGACUGGGUAAGGACUGGCAGUCAUGUCUCACUAGUGUUGACUAUAAAAACAAGAGGAGUGUAUCACAAAACAGGAGCACUAGUUAGUCAGUCAGCUGGCUAUCUGGUAAACAUUCAGAUAUAGCUCUUGAUUUGAUCUGAAGGAUAACUGCUCAGAAGCCCACGGAGGAGGAAGGGCCAGGUGGAUGUUAAAUGUAUGAGGUUGUGACAGGUGGAUGUUGUGUUCCAGUCAGGAAGAGGCUCUUGGUAGGGGUGUGUACGCCCCUCAGGUCCUCUACUCCUUCCCCCCUACCAGGGUGGGGGAGACCAGCACGCUGAAGGUCAACAUGAGAAACAACUCCUUUGACACGCAUGGGGUGAGCAACACACACACACACACACACACACACACACAUAAUCAUUGCAUGAGCUGUGUGAUUGAUGUGAUAACUACCAAGAAUGCUUUGCGUUGCAUGGAUUUGAUGUUGAGCUUGUCUAAUGUUGCAGCUGAGGUUCCUAAGCCCUAGAGAGCCUUUCCACAUCAAGCAUUCCAAAUAUUCACUAAGGUGAGUCAACACCACAUCACGAUGGUCGUAUUCCUCUUCUGUUAGCCUGGCCGCAGAUCUAUACAAUGACCAUAGAAGUUGACCAAGAUGGCCCAACCAGGUCUGGGACCUGGCUAUGAUGUACUGAAAGGCUGUGAUUGAUGCAGUGUGUGUAACCUGAGUGUGACUCCCUGCUCCUAAUGCUGUUGAAGACCACUGAGCGGGAUCGGCCUGAGAGCGUCUGGACAGCAGGUUACUGUGUUGGUCAGCUCUGGGCCUGGGGGUGAGGUCAGGGGUCAGCCUGAGAGCGUCUGGACAGCAGGCUACUGUGUUGGUCAGGCUCUGGGCCUGAGGUCAGGGGUCAGCCUGAGAGCAUCUGGACAGCAGGCUACUGUGUUGGUCUGGGGCUGAGGUCAGGGGUCAGCCUGAGAGCGUCUGGACAGCAGGCUACUGUGUUGGUCUGGUCCUGAGGUCAGGGGUCAGCCUGAGAGCGUCUGGACAGCAGGCUACUGUGUUGGUCAGGCUCUGGGGGUGAGGUCAGGGGUCAGCCUGAGAGCGUCUGGACAGCAGGUUACUGUGUUGGUCAGCUCUGGGCCUGGGGGUGAGGUCAGGGGUCAGCCUGAGAGCGUCUGGACAGCAGGCUACUGUGUUGGUCAGCUCUGGGCCUGGGGGUGAGGUCAGGGGUCAGCCUGAGAGCGUCUGGACAGCAGCCUACUGUGUUGGUCAGCUCUGGGCCUGGGGGUGAGGUCAGGGGUCAGCCUGACAGCGUCUGGACAGCAGGCUACUGUGUUGGUCAGGCUCUGGGCCUGGGGGUGAGGUCAGGGGUCAGCCUGAGAUCGUCUGGACAGCAGGUUACUGUGUUGGUCAGCUCUGGGCCUGGGGGUGAGGUCAGGGGUCAGCCUGAGAUCGUCUGGACAGCAGGUUACUGUGUUGGUCAGCUCUGGGCCUGGGGGUGAGGUUAGGGGUCAGCCUGAGAUCGUCUGGACAGCAGGCUACUGUGUUGGUCAGGCUCUGGGCCUGGGGGUGAGGUCAGGGGUCAGCCUGAGAGCGUCUGGACAGCAGCCUACUGUGAUGGUCAGCUCUGGGCCUGGGGGUGAGGUCAGGGGUCAGCCUGAGAGCGUCUGGACAGCAGCCUACUGUGUUGGUCAGCUCUGGGCCUGGGGGUGAGGUCAGGGGUCAGCCUGACAGCGUCUGGACAGCAGGCUACUGUGUUGGUCAGGCUCUGGGCCUGGGGGUGAGGUCAGGGGUCAGCCUGAGAUCGUCUGGACAGCAGGUUACUGUGUUGGUCUGGGCCUGGGGGUGAGGUCAGGGGUCAGCCUGAGAGCGUCUGGACAGCAGGCUACUGUGUUGGUCAGCUCUGGGCCUGGGGGUGAGGUCAGGGGUCAGCCUGACAGCGUCUGGACAGCAGGCUACUGUGUUGGUCAGGCUCUGGGCCUGGGGUGAGGUCAGGGGUCAGCCUGAGAGCGUCUGGACAGCAGGCUACUGUGUUGGUCAGCUCUGGGCCUGGGGGUGAGGUCAGGGGUCAGCCUGACAGCGUCUGGACAGCAGGCUACUGUGUUGGUCAGGCUCUGGGCCUGGGGGUGAGGUCAGGGGUCAGCCUGAGAUCGUCUGGACAGCAGGUUACUGUGUUGGUCUGGGCCUGGGGGUGAGGUCAGGUACUAGCUGUGGUGUAAUGUAUACUGGAGUUGGUGUGGUGUGGAGAAUGGCACCUUGCUGCAUGUCCUGACUCCUCCCAUGAUGCAUAGCGUUCUCAUUCUCACGUCAUCGCCAUGUGGAAUGAACUUCUGUUGCUACAUCUUUAUCUUUUUUUGUCUUCCCAGUUUGAGUUUGCCAAAGAAACAGUCUAUUGUCACUACCUAUACAGUAUCUGUCAGAUGACACUAUUCUAUUCCAACAGGUCAGGUGUGUAAUCAUGAUCAACACAGUGCAAUGUUAUUAUUUGCAUCUGCUCAUAUCACAGCUCAAAGUGUGUCUCAGUCCAUGUUUUGUCUGUCUGUAACUGUCCAUGUUUCGUCUGUCUGUAACAGUCCAUGUUUUGUCUGUCUGUAACUGUCCAUGUUUCGUCUGUCUGUAACUGUCCAUGUUUCGUCUGUCUGUAACUGUCCAUGUUUUGUCUGUCUGUAACUGUCCAUGUUUCGUCUGUCUGUAACUGUCCAUGUUUUGUCUGUCUGUAACAGUCCAUGUUUUGUCUGUCUGUAACUGUCCAUGUUUCGUCUGUCUGUAACUGUCCAUGUUUUGUCUGUCUGUCUCAGUCCAUGUUUUGUCUGUCUGUAACGGUCCAUGUUUUGUCUGUCUGUAACUGUCCAUGUUUUGUCUGUGUGUUUCUUUGAACCCGAACAUACUUGGUCCAUGUAUUGAUUUCUUACCAUUUCUCCCUGCCCUCCAGAUCCCAACGCUACAUCCACCUCCCAGUCCAGUUCAAACCGGUUGUAACUGGCAACCAUUCCAGCCUGCUGUUGGUUCAGAUGGAUACCAGUGGAAGCCUCACUAUCCAGCUAACUGGUGAGGCCCUACCCUGACUGGCCUGAGGACUGCUGGGUCUGAGUGGGUCACUGCAUCUGUAGUAUGGACUAUACUGGAUCCCUGCUGAAGGUCAUAUGGAAGAAUGAACUAUGAAGCCUUUGUCCAAUACGGCACCCUAAUCCCAUUAUGGUGUACUAUUUUUGGCCAAAGCCUUAGGAAAUAGGGUGCCAUUUCAGAUGAACCCUAAGUCUUCCUCCUCCUGCCUUAUUGACUGUCCAUAUUGACUGGAGCUGAUAAACUGCAUCUGACUGAGCUGAUGGUGAAUACUGCCGACCGACUUACCGCACUUUGUUCUCUCUAACCGCACUUGUACUCACUCACUCACUCACUCACACACAGCUGGCCUGGUCCACAGGUGUCCUGGACUCUGACUGGCAGCUGAACAGUGGCUCUGUUUGUUACCAGCUUGAAUCAGUGGUUUAGUCUGGCCGGCCCACAAUCAGCCUGUCUCUUCUGGCCUCAGCUCAUGAUCGGUCUCUUCUGGCCUCAGCUCAUGAUCGGUCUCUUCUGGCCUCAGCUCAUGAUCGGUCUCUUCUAGCCUCAGCUCAUGAUCUGUCUCUUCUGGCCUCAGCUCAUGAUCGGUCUCUUCUGGCCUCAGCUCAUGAUCUGCCUCUUCUGGCCUCAGCUCAUGAUUGGUUUCUUCUGGCCUCGGCUCAUGAUCUGUCUCUUCUGGCCUCAGCUCAUGAUCGGUUUCUUCUGGCCUCAGCUCAUGAUCGGUCUCUUCUGGCCUCAGCUCAUGAUCGGUCUCUUCUGGCCUCAGCUCAUGAUCGGUCUCUUCUGGUCUCAGCUCAUGAUCUGUCUCUUCUGGCGUCAGCUCAUGAUCUGUAAUUUGUCUAAUGUUGUUGUCACAAGCAGGCCAUUGUUGCCCUGUUAUGUAGCAGCGAGCAGCACAGAAACACAAACAGCUGAGAAACGUUAG